AUGACUGAGUCUACUGAUUUGUCAAGCAUGACUGAUCUGGUUGACGAAGUAAUUGGGGUUAAGGAGAACCGAAAGUUGGUGACUUAUGAGAUCGAUUUUGAUUAUAAUAGCCUUGGGGAGGAUAUGACAGAAUACAUUGACGAUGACACUGACAAGCGUUACUUGAUUAAAAAUCUUAAAACUUUAAUUAAAGUCAACGGAUCUAGAUGGGUAGCGAAUGCGUCAAAUGCCAUACAGAGGGGAACUUUGAAUCUGUUGGAAUUCUUCCUUUUUGUAACAAUAUGA